UCCCGUUUGCCUCCGUUAAAUAUUCCCAAGGCUCGGCACCUUUCGGCUUCUCGCUUCCUCUUUAGCCGAACUAGACAUUCCCUAGCCUUCGAUGGAGUCACAAACCAACCAGACCAGGGAUCUUCGGUUCAGCAACAGGGACUCAAGCUUCGUCUUUGGCCGCACAAGGGCAUCCCGUCGCACAUGCCCUCUCUCGCGUCCUUUCGUCUUCUUCGGCGUUUCUCUGAAGUUGUGGAAAUCCAAGGGACACGUUCAUCUUCACAUCUUCUCUACCCUGACAUGUUCUUCCAUUGGCCGACGAUUUUCCCCGCAACCUCACAUUUCUCAGGGUUCUAAUAAUCCAGAUUGCGAAAUCAGUUGCUAUGGAUUGAUGAAAGGAGUUUCCCAAUUCUUACCCUCUUCUUCCAUUAAGUCAUUUGCCGUUCUCAUAUUUGUUCCUUAUAUUUUACUUUGUAUACGUAUUGGUUGUACAAUAUUCCUCCAAUAAAACUGAUUUCCCUGUAGGGAUAGCAGGAUCUAUCAUGUUUUUGUUUCAUUGGAAGGAAAUAAAUGUACAGAGGUAACAUCAUUAUUAUCUUAUGAGACACAUGGAUUCAAUUUGUACCUUUUGUAUGUUAAAAAAUUGUUUUCCAGAACAAGUUUAGCCACUUCUCUCCUAAAUAUGUAACAAUACAUACAAACAGUUUGAAAAAAAUAUGUUUUGUAAUUGUGAUAAGAAAUGCAAGUAUUAUUCAAAUAAUUUUAAGUCUAAAUCUGAUUUGAAUAAUAAAUAGUUAUGGACUAUCCCUGGUGAAGUGUAAAACAAGGCAAAAGUAACCUCCACAUGAGUAAUGACUAAUGAAGCUUUGAUUUUAUCUAUUCUUUCAUUUUCUCUGUGUCCAGGAGUGUAAGGAAGCUCAAACAUUCAGGUAUCCAUAACAAUGUGACACCUUGUUUAGUUUACCAGGUCAUAGUGGUAAUCAAACUCUCCCAGAUAUGUUAUUUAUUCUUUCUAUUUUUAAAUAACAAUAUAUUUGGGACUGAAUCACUUCUGUGUGUGUUUGAGUACAUUUAUGUUAAGGAAAACAUUUAAGGAUUACAAAUGCAUAAAAAUCUGAUCUGUGCCUUGAAUGCUUAGCUCCAGGUCAUUUACAAAAGGAUUAAACUCAGUCAUGGCCCCCAAAUUGACCAAAUUUAUAAUCGCCUCCGAUUCAAAAGGUGCAUUGAAAAUUUUUAAUAGUAAUGAAACUGCUAACUAGCUCAAAACUAUUUUCAUCUCAAAAUCAGUAAGUAACAAAGCAACUUGGAGAUUGUAUAUUCUCUCAGAGAGAUUAACGUUGUUGUACACUCCUUUACCAAACAAAGGGAUUUCACCGAAGACUUUCUGAUUCUUGAGUGGUUACAAAUGCCUUAUUGUGUAAGGGGAAUAUCUAUAUGUAAAAAGUAGGAAUUGGCUAUCUUAAACAGUUUUUACAGCUGAGUUUUAUCCCCCUCCAACGUGUCCUGAUGCAUCAAAUUGUCUGAAAUUUGGAAUCCCUUUUGCUUCACAUACCCAGUUUGAUUUAGCUUAGGUGAGUUGGUUUUUAUCUCUUAUGUAAAUGGGACCAAGAUGUUGGAAGUGGGAGCUAGAGGGUAUACUUCCAGACUUUUAGUUAAAACAUGGUUGCUAAUUGGAAUCCAAUAUUUUAUAGUCUUAUAACAAAAAUAUAGUGUAAGACUAUAGGGACAAUUUGUGUUAACAUAUUUUUGAAACCAAGGCACAAAAAAGGGUUAAAUCAGAAAUAAUAUACGGACUAAUGUAAUAUCUGGACUUGUGCAAAUGAACAAAGUGACCUCUAGCACUUAAAAAUAUAAACUUAUGUGAACCAAACCCAAAAAAGCCCCGUAAAUCUGAUGUGAAAGAAGACAAAUCUUAUCUCUACCUCUAGCAGUGACUUCUUAUCCACGUGUCUUCUUUCAAAAGGGCGAUGUCAAACCAUGACAUCGCCCUUUCCACAACAACCUCUGGCAUUGAUUCUUCUGAAAAGUUACUUCAUACAUAGUAAGUGAAAGGAAACCAGAUUGUUCAUUUAAACAUCAAAAAGAAAAAAAACAUACAGAAUUAUUUUUAUAAACCAAUCAACGCAUUGCUCUCUCUUAAGAUGAUUUUUUAAACUAUUUCUCUAUUUCUAAAACUUGAUGCUUUUGAUUGGUUUUUCAAUUUAAUAAGUUUGAACCAUCAUAUGUUCUCCAUACUUUAUUUCAUUCUGAAGUUCAUCAAUACUUUGCUGCAUAAUUUAUAAUCCUUUCUGAGGUUCAAACGGAAAAUUAGUGCUGAACUACUUUCUUUGAUAGAUUUUGUAGGGUCUAAUAAAAAUUUUCUUCUUUCCCCUUACUUGAAUAAUUGAGUAUAUCACUACAUUAGGCUAUUCUGCAACCCCUGCCCAAUCACUUCAUGGUUAAUAUGGCUGGAUGUGCUGAAUUUUCUGGAAGGAAAAGCAUUUGGUGGAAUUACUUGAAGCCAAAUGAGUAAAUCAACAGCUUUUGAAGUAAAUCAAUUGAUCGUAUUUACUAUCUGUUGAGGUGAUUUAUGGUGUGUGCUUUUCGCUAUUUUAAGUUAUCUUGCUAUGCUCUUCUUCCGGACGGUAAUGCUUACCGGCUUACCGCUCAUCUUUUUCUAUGCCUCAAGUCCUCUUCCUAAUUUUUUUGCACUCAUUUAAAUCUAAAAUGGAACAUUAUUUGGUUUCAUCGUAUAGAGUCUUUGUUAGUAAGCAGAAAAAGUUUUUCAAUCCUUCAUGCAUGUGUGAUAGUUGACACAUGGAAUGAUGAGAGUUCAAAGAGCCUAGAUUUUUGUCUAAUAUUGUGUUACGUCUACGUUUUUCUUUUUGUUUUUUCACGUGGGUCUUACCCCUAUGUUUUUCUUUCUUUCUGUUUUUUCUGUGCAAGGUUUCAGAGGAAAAACUGUUUAUUUUUAAUGCUUUAUUAAGAUUUUCAUGAUCUUGUCAGUAGUUUCGCUUGAAAAUUUUUGUGACUGUUAAUUUACGUUUAAAUCAUAUUAAUACUCCAUAGUUGGACAAUCUAACGACAUGCGUCUGACUUUCUAUAGAUGACACGUUUUAUUAAUUUAUUUGGGAUUAUUCUAUAUUGUGCUGAAGUAUCUGCCUAAUAUCCAGAGAAGUUGUAGUAAUCUCCGUGAAGAAUAUCUCUGGACUUGUAUCCAUCGAUAACGAUAAGAAUUGGCUUUGCAUUGGUGUAGACAAUCACACAAAUGUGCUCCUUCCAGAUCCUGCAAGUUCAAAUUCAUGUUUCUUUAUUAGCUAGGGUCUGCUAUAUUUAGCAGGCUUUGAUAUCUGAAUGAAUACAUAACAAGAGGGUGUUAAUAAUGGUUUGCAAUGUCUUGUAUAUUUGUAUUAUAAAUGUGGCCUGUACGGUUUAUCCUAAACCAGCACUACAGAAUUAGUUUUUUCUUUCGCAUUUAUGGCCUAUCUUCUACUUCACCCCCUACAUGAUCCAGCAAGAGUUUUUUGGGGAUAGCUGAAGAAUUUAAAUUAUUCCAAUAAUUGAUUAUAUGUUUGAUCAGUAAUCUUUAUGAUUGAUUGUAAUCAGAAUCGGUUAUUAUUUGGGUAAAAUUUGUGGUAAAGUGGUUUGAAAUAGAACAUUUCAUUUACGUGCAACAAAUUCCUUUUUGCAAGGUAAAAUAUUAUGGUAACAGCUGACAGAGAAGAAGGUCGCAAGGUCACAGUCGGCCAAUUGUAGAUCUGCACCCGCCUCACGCUGCCACAUCCCCACAGCCGCACGGCACCCGCCCUUGCAGCAUGAUAGUCUGCUUAUCACAAUCUCACAUCUCGGGUUGUGGCCCUGUGGAAGUUCUGAGUGGCUGCUUCCGUAGCUACGGUAAUCGCCCCAGGUAGCAGAAAUUUUGGAGAUUAUCAAUGUGCACAGUUCAGUAGGGUUUUCUUCACGUAUGCCAUGGAGCUGGGGUUGGUCACUGUGUUGAGAGCAGUAUGGCUUGCUGCAAUUCUUCCCAUUCCGAUUACCUUGAUUCCUCCCUCCAAGUUUGUUUGGUUUCACAAAUUCUUGCUGAGGUUCGCUAGGCGAGGCAAGAUCAUGCAAUCUUCAUCCCAUAAGUUAAUUAAUUAUACAUUCACUUUUGCUAACUUUUCAUUCACUUUUGGCAUACGCUCAAGAUUCUACCUUCGACUAUGUAACCCAAUUAACAACAUUUUCUAAAGGAGGUUAACUUUCCUAUUUUCUCUUAUAUCUUGGGACACUACACACAAAAAUAUGACUUCACACAAUGUCUUAAUAGAUCUUAG